AUGGAGCGUGGUGCCGACGAGAAGGCCGAAAACGAAAAUGAGCGUGGUGACGACGACAAGGCCGAAACUGAUCGGGUCGCAAGGGGACUCAUGCAGAGUACGGCUCUCGAGCCCGCACCACCACCGGCGGCAGAAAAGCCGGCGACGACAACGGAGGCCAAGGACGCGGGUUCGGAAGCGGAAGCGGAAGCAGAGGCCUACGUGGGAGAAGAGGCCGAAGUGGGAGAAGAGGUGGAGGCAGAGGUGGAGGCAGAGGUGGAGGAAGACGCCAAGGCGGCGGAAGAAGACAUGCCGAAGGAUCCCCGCAGGGAGUUGAGGAAAAUUAGCGGUCCACUCGACGGCGACUCAGUCCUAGGGGAGAUGAUUUCGCCAAGGCCAGCAGAUCAGACCGAGGAGCACCAGGGUGAAGGCGACGUAGGCGAAGGCUGUGGCUUCCUGGUCCUGCGACAUCAGCUAGGAUCACCACCUCUGGACGUGCUAGCCAACAUGGAACGAAAAGCACAACGAAGCCGGAAUGGUGGGUCCAAGUCCCCGAGGGUAUCGACCGUGUUGGCGGUUGCGGCGGGCCUGCUCUCCCUGGCACCCACCGCCGACUCUUUUCUCUCGGCACCCAUGAGAGGAGCAGGAGGCUCUGGGGCGGCGGAAGGGUUGCGUCGUCGAAGCACAGGAGAAGCACGAUCGGCGCGAGCGGGGCGGCAGGUGGGUAGGGUUCUGGUGGCCACGGGCGUUGUGACAGAGGACAACCAGGGAGCGGCGGUCGGGAGCUUGCUGGAGACGCAGCAGAAGGGGGUGUCGAACAACGAGAUGAAUCCCUUCGUGCGCGUACCGAGGCGCGACCCUCGGGUGUGGUUCGAUGCCAUCAGGGAAGGGGCGGUUCCUCGACCAGACUCCCUUGUCGAGCUUUCGAAAGCGGGCGAGGCCGAGCUCGCAGAGUUGGCCCUGCCCACCCGCAAGCAAGAGCCCUACCGCUACACGGACCUAGAGUCUCUCUACCGGACCGACUUCAAGUCGGCGGCGCUAACAACAGCGGCAGCGGAGACGGCGGCCGCGAUAAAGCCGCACCUGCUGGAGGCGAGCCAGGGCCAGCAGAUGGUCUUCGUGAACGGGGUGUUCAGCGACGAGCUCAGCGACGUGUCGGCGCUGGGGGGCGUGGAGGGGCUGGUGGCCGGCCACAUCGGGGCUAUCGAGGGGACUCCGCUCGACCAGGCAAAGGAAAUGCUGUCGUACCUGCCGGAGAAGGACGCCGACUUCCGAACGACUCAGGGGUCCCUGGCGUUCGCGAGCCUGAACCAGGCCUGCUUUGCCGACGCGGGGGUGAUCAUAGUGGCGGACGGCGUUACCGUCGAGAAGCCCAUCCAGGUAAUCUUCUUCUCCGAGGGGGAGGAGGUGCCCACGGUGAGCCACCCCCGGCUUGUCGUCAAGGCCGGGGCGGACUCGCACAUGACCCUCACACAGAGCUACCUCAGCCGGGGCGGCGUCUGCCUCGCCAACGGUUUCACGAGGGUGCUGGUCGGAGAUCGCGCGACCGUGACGCACGACUACGCGGAGGAGAUGAGCGCCUCCGACCGUCUCGUCGACAUCGUCUCGGUGGACCAGACCACCAACUCCACCUACUCGGUCAACCAGGUCCUCUCCGGGGCCUUCGACGCCCGGGCCAACCUCCAGAUCGACCUCUUGGAAACGGGUUCGCACUGCAACGUCUUCACGGCCGCCCUCACGACGAACAACCAGAGGCAGGACGUGCACUCCACCAUCCGCCACAAGGCCGAGGGCACCACGUGCCUCCAGGAGCAGCGCAACGUCGUCUCGGACACGGCAGACUGCGUCUUCAAGGGCCGCAUCGUCAUCGACCAAGUCGCGCAAAAGACUGACGCGAAUCAGCUGUGCCGCACCCUGCUGGUGAGCGACAAGGCCCGCGUGACGGUGAUGCCGUCGAUGGAGAUCAUCGCCAACGACGUCAAGUGCACGCACGGUGCCACCAUCUGCGACCUCGAGGACGAGGAGCUGUUCUACCUCAUGUCCCGCGGGAUCAGCAAGAUCCAGGCAAAGACCCUUGUAAUCAAGAGCUUCGCCGAUAUCGUGGUGAAGCGGUUCAUCGACCCCAACCUCAGGGAGCGGUUGACCGUCAAGCUGCUGGCAGCGGCCCCGCGGGGGGAUCGCGCCACUAAGGGCACGUACCAGUCGAUCUAACCUUACCCAACCUAGCACCAAGAAAGGGGGGGCAAUAUUAGAGUAGUCGUGUGUCUCGGUUGAAAGCGUCUGGUUUCGUGUGUGUGUGUCCCAAGUCAGCUCUCAUUGGCGAUGGAGGAGACGCGGGGAGGGGUUCAAGGUCGAGUUCGAGUGCGACUUGGGAAUGUCUUUCGUUAGCUUUCGUUGUGGCAUGCCCCCCACCUUCGGAGAAGAGCAGGGAGGGGGCGGGCCUGUGCGGGCAAUGUUUUUCGUGUUUGGUUGUCAUUUUUUCGUUGUUUUUGCGGGUUUCUGCCGGUGUGUUGCUAUAUUGGUGCAAUGUUCCUCACCCGACUUGCGCUGGUUUGAUGGAUGGUGGUGCGGUAGACAUUUAGACACGGUCUCCGACAGAUGAAUGAACUCACCCGCGCAGGGUAUCACAACUUUGGAGACAGAGGGGCGUCAAUUUCGGUUCCUCUGCACGGCUACUCUCGAGGGACGAGCCUCUCGUCUGCGUGCUGUUGCUUGGGGGGAGGGGGAGGGUUCGUGGGGUCGCCGCCGCAUGGUAUGUGAUUGCGGCGGGAUGCACAUAAUAGCGCGAACCCCCCUCCACUUGAUUAUGUUUUUGUCCUCGCCCUUUACCAGCUGCCACGGCAGCAACAAACAAGCAUGGCUACUACUGCUGUAGCAGGAACUGCUCAACUAACACGGACUCUGUUGUAGCCUAGACUUAACGUACUUCGAAGUAUUUGACAAUGACUACGCGGUACAACAUGCUAAUGUACCAAUUCCAAAAAACCGCGUGAAGAAAAACGUGGUCGGUUGGUGUUCACCUCAACAUGAACACCAUCGCAUGCUUCACCAAGGGCGCAACAAAGGGUAAACGUGAUGCAACGCCAAGCAAAGCCGUCCAUACGAUACUAAAUCAAUGAUUGUCUAAACCACAUAAUAACGGGUGACAAUGAUCGUGGCGAUGAACAAAAUCACACGCCCUGUAUUGGUUCGUUAGCAAUCAGACACUCAACGACGAUGCGCCCACACGCGGAAAGGCUGGCGCUCUGAGCAACAAAUCACAUACAAAUUGCAGAGGCGCUCUCUCUGAGAUGUCAAAACAGACAAAACAAGCAAAAGGUUCGAUCAACUCAACACGACAUUUUUUUUCAUCUACGCACACGCAUUUUUUCGAAAACUCUGCUCUGUAGCGGCAGACAUGAGCCCGUAGCUGUGUAACCGCUACUGGAGAGAUGGCCAGGUGAAUAGUGGCCAUGGUCAUUGACUAGG